GCCUCAAUGGCAACGCACAGCGAUCCUCUCACGGAGCUCCCGCCGCCGUCUCGCUUCGAUCCGGAAGACCUGGAGCUUCUCAGCGACGAUCCCUCUCAGGUAAUCCCCACUCCGGCGCCAUUCGUGGCAUGGAGGAACGACGAGGCGAAAAUCCUCCGCCCGGAGCUCCUCCUCCUCGGCUUCUCGCGGCCGUCGUGCACCCUCCUCCACCACAUCCCAGGCAAGAAGCUCCUCGCAUCGAUUGUGCUGCCGGGAAUCUCCAUGGCCGGCAACUCGAUCGCUGCUCCAUCGCCGGAGGAUCACUGUUGCUGCCUCUACGCUCUGGACGGGGAUUGCUCGAUCGUGGCGGCGCUCGUCCAGUACCGGAUCCCGCCCGAGAAAUACCACGAGUGGGUCAGGGUUCUCUUCGCGGCCGUGAAUCCGGAGGCGAUUCUCGCGAUGGAGCUCCUCCAGGCUGAGAAUUUCCGGUCCAGGCUCUCGGUGGACGAUCCGAUGCUCUUCACUCUCGAGACCGACGCGAUGAGAGCCGAGAAGAGAGAGCAGCGAAUCCCCCCGUUCUUGCCGUCGGGGAGCUUGAUCGAUGGGCCGGCGGCCGCGGUGCUGAGCUACUGCCAGAUGAAAUCUCUGCGCGCGAGAUUGCUCGUGUCGUGGCCGGAGCGUGAUGUUUCUUGCCUGGGGAAGAGCUUGCAAGAUCUUACGAGCUACUUGCCGGGCGCUAGAACUCUGGGAUUUGCGCAGGCAUCGAAAGCUAGUGUGGGAAAGCGAGGUAUUUCUACCUACGAGCUUUUCAUGUGAUCAAUGUUUUUGAAACAAUGAUAUUAUUUUUCUUCUCAUAUUAUAAAUGAAAAACAAAUGCCUUUGGGUGGAACCA